GCACAUUCUUCGUUCGUGGUUAGGUGUUGGGGAAUUUCGGGGGGUUCUGUACUGUCGGGCAUCUCAUGAUGCGUUAUGGACCCAAGUAAUUAUUGGUGUGACUGAAUUGUAAACAUCAGAAUGAUGAAAUAUUCAACACGAAGACUUUGCGUUUGGGGUGGAUUGUUAGGAAUUGUGUACAUAACUUUUAUCUAUCGACAUAACAUUCUUGCAUACAGUGCCCUUGUUUAUUGGAAAGCAAAUUGGGGAGAACUGAAUACAGCAGCAUCUUUGCUUCAUCAUCAUAAGUUUGAUAAAACUAGAUUUGCAGAAGUUCGAAAGGACCUCAAGAAAUUUAUAAAUAUCCAAGAACCAGUGUUAUGUCAAGCAAACACAAAAAUAGGGUACAAGUAUUAUGGGAUAUAUUUUAAGGAAGAUGUGAAAAUAGAUGAAGUAAAACGAGGAUUGCUUGCCAAAACAUUCCCUCCAAAAAAAUCCAGAUUUUCCAAAUGUGCUAUUGUUGGGAAUGGUGGAAUCCUGAAGAACAGCAGUUGUGGUAAGGAAAUUGACAAGUCAGAUUUUGUUUUCAGGAUGAACAUGCCGCGAAUCCAAGAAUUUGUGAAUGAUGCAGGCAGAAAAACCAAUCUGACAAGUAUAGCUUGUUCUGCAAAGACAAUAUCUGACGAUGGCGAUCCAUGUGGUGCUUAUUAUUCGAAAGAAUUUCUCAAUAGUCUGAAAGAAUACAAUGGUUAUCUUUUGUGGGUGCCAAGUAGCUGGACCCAUGCUUCAUCAAUGAAAUCUGCGUUCACUUUUGCUGAACUAUUGCAAAAGAACUCAAAUCUGCAGCUGGUCUUGUCAAAUGCAGAAUAUUCACACAAAUUUUCUGAGUAUUGGCACAUAAAUGGUAAAAGUAUCUCCAGUGGAAUGACCAUGGUUAGUAUAGGACUUUCUUUUUGUGAAGAGAUACAUUUGUAUGGUUUCUGGCCGUUCCCAGUAGACACAAGUGGUAACUCACUUCCAAUGCAUUAUUCAGAAGAUAUUCCAUGGACAACAUAUCAGUGGACACAUGGAUUUUCUACAGAAUUUAGUUUAUUAACUGAACUUCAUCGUCAAGGUGUUCUUAAACUCCAUGUAGAAAACUGUGACUUAAAUAUUUGAAUUUGUGUGUAGUAAUAGACAUACUUAUUGACAGUGUGGAUUUCUAAAUGAACAUGACUAAUCUUGACUGUAGGCCAUGAAGUGUGUGGUUCAGCACUGAGCCUGUUGGACUUGACACAGUUGGAAAUGACAUAGUACUAGUAUCAUACUUGCAUGUAGGCAUUUGUGAUGUAUAGUGAGUAUAAAACACCACAAAUGUUCUAGGCUAAUUUUGGAAGAAAAUCUUGUGAAUUUGAAUGGGUAAUGAGAUAUUAGUUGAGUAGUGUAUAAAGAAUACAAAAUCUGCUUAUUCAGUCAAUGCCUCACUGCUCUUCCCUAAGAAGAGCCUGUUCAGCGCCGUCCGUAGCAACUAGCUUCCUGCCAUUUUGUUUUAUGUUCUUUGCCAUACACAUAACCAAUUCUGAUUGGUUGCUUGUUUCAUAGGUGCUUCCAAUCAGAUCUAUUUGAAUCAAAGGUCAAAUAUAUAGUCUCUAGUUAGGAAUAAUGGGGAGUUAAAGUCACAAGAUAUGUACUUAAUUUGGUAUGUUUAUUCAAGGCAGGAAUGGACAGAUGAAAUUUCACUUUAUGAUAUCCUGGUUACAAAUUCACUGAUUAAUGAGCGAGUUUUCAUCUUGUUUUUUUAAUAAAUGAGUAUAAAAAUU